GAACAUUCCGUAACCUGGUGUGAGCGCGGCAGCAUGAUUUGUCGUCGCACUCGCACCACUCGAUCAUCUGCAAUUGAUCAUCGUAGGUAGCCGCGGUAGCGCGGCAGAACGGUCAGUGCGUGUUUCGCCGCGUGAUUGUACGUUGUGUUACGUUGUGUUCUGCUCGCCGUCCCGGACGCACGUGCGAGGCACAAUCGCAGCACAAGAGUGCGCGAGAUACGAAUGAGCACUUCUAACGGAAUGUGGCCUCCUCGAGAAGAUCUCGAUGAAGUGUUAACGACAUUUCAGCGAUGAUCAAGCAGAACGAAUCGGUUGUCGCGAUUAUGGUCUUUCCGCAAAGCGUCAAGUUUCGCGCGACGUGACGUGACUAACGAGUUGAAAAACGACAAUAACUAUAUUCUGCGCGAAACGUGCGAUGUAUUGCCAGCGAGCUUGUCUUGACGAUUGCAAUUUUAAUACUCCAUAGAACAAGAUUAAAGAUAAGAACAUUAAACUGUAACAUGUGAUGUUAGGAUAGAACCAGAGUGAAUCACAGUUGAUCGAAUUUAUAAAAAAGGGACGAGAUGAGCCUUUCGCUUACGGCCAACUGUAGUUUUCUGCACGGAAGAGGCAAAACUGCCCCGAUUUCCGACGAAGUUGUUUACGCUACUCUCGAUAGCUUGGCUUUAAAACGAACGAGAUUACCCCUACAAUUGCUUCCCGUGGACGACAGCAAUGUUGUGGAUAAGACGGAAAAAUCGGACAAAGAAAAGAAACCCAUUAGCGGAAAAUCGCCUAAACGACCAUCGUAUAAGGUGAAAUUCGGGGCAAAUCAUCAAUGGAAAAGUUACUCCAAGUAUUUAGCCUUCUCUUCCACAAAGUCGGUGAACCAGUCGAUGACUUGUGCUACCAGAAAACUAGAUUCCGGAAUCAAGUGCAAUAUCGAGAAUACUCCCAACGAGAAAAUUCACACUCAAGCAAAUACAAUAGGAGUUGUAGAAGAUAAUGUAGAAAUAGUAUCUUCUCUAAAUCUAUCCAAAGAAGAAUCUCGCGUUAAAGACUUUUCAAGCGACAAGAGCGACGAUUUAACACAGUCGCAAGCGGAGAAAAAUUCUCGUAAUGAUACUAACGUCACGGAAAAGCAAUGUGGAAAAGAAAAGUGUUCUAUCAAAAGAAAAGAUUCUAGUUCAUCUAGCGACUAUGAACAGAUGAAUAUAACAGACUACAAGGUAUCUACACUGGAAAGGACAUCUAAAACCGAGCCUGAAGAUUCAAACAAGAUAAAUCCUGAGUUGUUAACACAUAUUUAUAAAAUCGAGAAGAACAUUCCAGCUGUUUCCAAGAUAAUCGGGAAAUCGUAUUCCAUAAACGAUCUGACGAGGAAAGCCGCCACGUAUGACAAUUCUUUCGUAAGAUACUGGAAACAAGAUGCGGAGUCGAUCACGAGCGUCGAGAGCGACGACGCGUCGUCACGGCACAAGAAGAAGAGACGUUUCACCAAAAACGUAUUGCACUACAUGCCGAGGCAUUUAGUGAAACAGCCGAAGAAAAAGAAGAAGCUGAAGAAGAAAUACACCCUGAGCAGCUCGCUCAGCUCUCUGAGAUCGUUGCAAACGAUUCCCUACUCAAACUCCGCCCACGAUUCCUACACCAGGACCAGAAGCCUAUCAAGGGACGAGCUAAAAAGCGUGAUUAUCUCGUCGCCCACAAAUUUCGUUCACGUUGCGUCCGCCACGAAUCCUAGUCUAGUUCAAAGUACCAUCGGCUCUUGUCUAGAACAGGUCAUGAUUACUCAUCAGCAGAUAUGUGCCACAAUGCCUCUACUCGUUGGAAAGGACGAGCGACGCAAGGUUGGGAAUAAGAACGCCGAGCGGCCCAAGGUUGCCGUAGGAAUGCCUCCCGCGAACGACGUGGUUUCCAGCCAACGCGAGGGUGACCAAUCAGCCGUCGAAAGUGUCGCGGAUAAGAGCAAUGGAACGAACUACGCGGAGAUAAAAAACUACUACUCGAGAGACUUACAGCUGGCGAAAGUUUUGGAGUCCGGCCAAGUGGUGAAAACCAUAAUUGAGAAUCAGGCCAAUUCGCCGGAUGGUGAGACAUACGAGCCGGUCUGUGAAUCUUCCCCUCGAGCGCUGCCGCAAGCCAACAGCAGCUUUCUGUGGAGCAAUCAUCUGGCCAAGAUUUUUCCAAACGACAAGUACGACGUGAUUGCUGCGUGCCAUGAUGCAAAGAAAAACGACGAGGAGGACACCGACAGUGAAGGAUACGAUGACGUCGGGCCGUCAAACUUCGUCGCUCAAGCGGAAUUCGACGACGACAAUUAUGACGACGUCGGCCUGCCGAUGGCUCGCCUCGAGGUCGAGAAACUCGCCGUAAACGCUGACUGCGAGGAGAUUUAUGACGACGUAAUGUCACCUAGCUUCAAGCAGGACAGUUCGACAGCCGUCAGCGAGAACGAUUACCUGAUUCCGGAGACUAACGACGAGGUAUCGAGCAAGGAACCUCUCGUGGAAUUACGAGAGACUUCCAAGGAUCGGAGCGCGACGGAGGCGUGCUUCGCUCCGAGGAGCGACGACCAGUAUUUCUCGGCGGAAAACAAUGAAUAUUCCAGCGUGGACUGCGAAAGUCAUCUGGACGAGGAGGAGCGGGACGAGUUGGAUGUGUAUGACGACGUCGGCCCGCCGCCCGGCGAGGAACGUGUCAAUAGCCUUUACGCAGGCUCCACACCCGGCUUAGGAUUGACUUCGAUGAACGGCAAGGAAUCUGAGUGGGAGGACGUGGAAGAGGUCUCGAGUAACUUGCGUUACUCUUGUCAGACCAAUGAUCCAUGCGAACAGGGCACUGAGAGGCAAGUCUCGCUGAGCAAGAAGAAACUCGUUCAACGAUGGUCGCGAAAAGUCAGGAGACAAUGGUCCAGGAGAUCUCGCAAAACCAUCAAGGGAAAUGGGACUCGGCCGACCCUCGAUACUGUAGUUGAUGUGGCCGUCAGUCUGGGCGGCGGUUCAAUACUCCUCAUCGGCGAGCCGGGAAACAUCGCUGGAGAAUGGAAAUCGGCGGACCGGAACGACGAUCUGCCGCGGAGGACCCAAGGCUUGGUGCAGUUGCGCGUCGUCAAUUUCAACGAAGAUGUGGACAUCCAGGAGACGUCGUGUUAUGUCCACGAAGACAACGUUUCCGAUGAUAGCACAUACGAAAGCCUGUACUCCUGCCAGCCGGAUGACUUAAGUAGUGAUUCGGAAACGGAAACGAACAGUAGUAUCCAACACAACGUCUCAAAUAAUAGUGUGAUCAACACUUCUCUGGAAUGUCCUACGAGACCAACUCCACCACCGCCGAGGGAGGCCACAUGGGAAUCAGCCGCAUUGACAAGAUAUUACGGUUUUGUUUCAGAUCAUUACAGCGUGCUCGCCGAUCAAGAACCUCUCUAUCAGUUUUACGCAGCUGCAGUGGCUCGUGUCGCUUUCGAAUCGGAUUCCGAAGGCUACGAAGAGGUGGAAGAUAUGAUGUUGAAGACGGAAUCAACCGCGACAAAUCUUUCCAGAUCGGGACAAAGAAUGCUAUGGUGUCAUACUCCACAAGUAAUGAACAGUGAUCUUUUGCAGAAACUAACACCGGAGGAGAAGAAGAUUCAGGAGGCGAAAUUCGAGAUUCUGACCUCCGAAGCGUCGUAUUUAAAUUCUCUUCGAGUCCUAGAGAACGAGUUUCUCAAUAACCAUACAUUAAUGAAUGAUAUUCUAACACCAAUCGAGAGAAAGAAAUUAUUCGGCGGCGUGCCGAGCGUGUUGUCGGCGUCGCAAACGUUUUUAGCUGAACUGGAAGCUGUGUGGAGAGAAGAUCCAAUGUUACUGGGUUUAUCAGAGGUCUUGUUGAAACACGCAGAAAAAUGUCAGGCCACGUACGUGACGUAUUGUUCAAAUCAAGUCAGCAUUGACACGACUUUGAAAGAACUCAAAGCUCGGAAAGGCGUAAAAUUCUUGGAGGCUAUCAGACGCAUAGAGAUGCGACCGGCGUGCCAAAAUCUAUCUUUGCAUUCUUUCCUAAUGUUACCAAUGCAGCGUGUUACAAGGUUACCUUUAUUAGCCGAUGCCGUUCUUUCCAAACUGUCAAUGGGGAAUUCGGAUAGAGCGUCUUGGGAAAUGGUUUUAUCGACUUUGAGCAAUGUCGUUGCCGAAUGCAACGAAGGUGCUCGAGCCGCUGCUCAAGAAGCUGAAAUGGAAAUUUUAGCAAGGAAACUAGAAUAUUCAUCGAAAGUUAAACCUAUUGUGCUAAGAGGCAAACACCUAGUUAGAAGCGGGUCAGUCGUACAGUUGUCAACAAAAUCGGACACCGAAUACAAACUGACGUUCGGAAAGAAAUUUAAUAAGACGCCGCUCUAUCUUUUACUACUUACUGAUUAUCUUCUAGUCACGAAAUUGAAAUCCAAUGCUCAUGACGAGUGCUACAACGUUAUAGACGCGUGUAAAAGGAAUCUACUGGCCUUAGAACCAGUUUCUGAAGAAUCGCCAUUUGCCGGACGGAACGCUAUGAUACUGACUCUUUUAGAGAACCAUUCCGGUCGCCAUGUAGAGUAUGUCUUUAUGUGUGAGAAUAAUACAGAGCGAGAACGAUGGCUGGAAGCUGUCUUACCACCCAAGCGUGGCUUAGUCGGUGAAACGUUAUACGAAUCCUGGGAUUGCCCACAAGUAAUGGCUAAGUAUCUGUAUUCGCCAAAUCAACCAGACGAGCUAUCAUUACAGCCAGGGGAUGUGAUAAACGUACUGAGAAAGAUGGCAGAUGGUUGGUAUCAUGGUGAGAAAUUAUUGGACGGUGAGCAGGGAUGGUUUCCGGCGAAUCAUACGAAAGAGGUUGCAUCGGAGCAUGUCCGUGCGCGUAAUCUGAAGCAACGACACCGUCUUCUAGCACUUAGCAAUAGCGUAAUACAACAAAGAAGGGCGAAACAGAGUCAAGGUACUCAUUAACUCAAAUUCAUGUGAAGAGAAUGCGAAUUGCUCGAAUGUUGUGAUCAACCAAUAAAUUAUUGACUGUUUAUACUAUGAUUUUUAAGUUACUGUAGUAUUCAAUAGGAUUAAUUAUGUGCCAAUAUAAUGUUACUCAUCGCCAAAAUGAGAAACAAUUUAAAAAAAUUUUUUUUACUGUAGUAUAUCAAAAGCUAUAAAGCUGACGAAAAACAACGAUUACAUUUUGCUUGUACAUUAUGUAUAAAGGUGUGAAAAGAAAAAAGAGAAUAGGUAACAAAAGUA